UCUUCUCCCAUUUCCCUCGUACGCCCUGUAAGCGCGACUUCAAUUACCGAACCCGGUGACAGCUGGGAAGGCGACAGCGGGAGAAGGGCAGCUAGGGAGAUCCCGGAGGCCGAGACAGGUAACUUCCCAGGGCGUCAAGAAGUUUCUCAUCCCCUCCAUUCAUCAAAUUUCUGCAGCCGCCGCUUAGGUUUACUUGGUUGUCUAUGUUGAUGCCAUCAGAUUCUGGAGAUGAGUCACCAAUGGUUAAAAAAGAAUUUCCUACUUCAUCCCGACCUCUGGUAAGAAGUCAAAAGAAGUCACGCGAUCAUAAGAAGACUGAUGCUGAGGAUAGCAAUGCGCAAAUCAGUGGGGCUUCUGCAAACCAAUUGGUUGUUUUUAAAACUGGUUCCAGCUCUGGUGAAGAUUUGCACCCUGCUUCCAAUAAUUUGGAUCAUCCUGUACAAUUGAACUCUGUAGCACCAAAUUCUUCUAGCCGCAGUCUUCCAUCUGUUGGGGCAUUUACUGUUCAAUGUGCAUCAUGCUUUAAGUGGAGGCUUAUUCCAACGAAAGAGAAAUAUGAACAAAUACGUGAAAGUAUUUUACAAGUACCUUUUGUAUGUGAACGAGCUCGGGAAUGGCGACCCAAUAUUUCCUGUGAUGAUCCGCCAGACAUUUUGCAAGAUGGAAGUAGGCUUUGGGCCAUUGAUAAACCUAACAUUGCUCAACCACCACCUGGUUGGGACAGACAACUUAGAAUCAGAGGUGAAGGAGGCACAAGAUUUGCAGACGUGUAUUAUGUUGCACCAUCAGGAAAGAAACUGCGCUCAAUGGUUGAGAUCCAAAGAUACCUGGAAGAACAUCUAGAAUGUGCUGAAAAUGGGGUGAACAUAUCACAAUUUUCAUUUCAGAUCCCAAAACCUCUCCAAGAGAAUUAUGUAAAGAAACGAACUGCACGCUUGUUGAAUGCUAGUGAUGGUUCUGGUUUGGGAUUACCAGGACUUCCUGAACCUGUUGAAGCAUUCCCUCUAUCUUGGGCUGCUCCACCAAUUCACGAAGAUGUUGACAUUGAAGAACCUGAUCCAGCUUCAGACCUCCUUUCUCCUGAAUCUUUGCCACAUGCGAAGAAGAGAGUAGCUAAGGAACAAGUUCGAAGGCCAUCAUCAAAGAAGGUAUGUGCGAGUAACAGCUCAGAACAUUCUCCAUUAAACAAAAUUUGAAAAUGCUCAUCCGGACAAAGAAGGCCAUUAACCAACUCUGAGCCAGAAAUUCUAUUCCCUCUGAAAUUUGACUACAGAUGCGUAUUUACUCCUGAGA